AUGGCAGCACAACGAGCCCAGUUCCACUCGACGCGGUUAAUUCAAGCCGAAACGGUCAAGGUACCGCAGAUGGCUGAAUCAAUAUCAGAGGGAACGCUGAAGAGUUGGUCAAAACAAGUCGGAGACACAGUUUCAGCUGACGAAGAGAUUGCCACAAUUGAGACCGACAAAAUUGAUGUCUCCGUCAACGCCCCCAUGGCGGGCAAGAUCGUUAAGUUCCUCGCAAACGAAGAGGACACUGUGACUGUAGGGCAGGACCUGUUCAUCAUUGAGCCGGGUGAAGGUGGUGCAUCAUCCCCCGUCCCUCAGGAACAGUCUUCUAGCGAAAGCGGUAAAGAGGCAUCGGAAGCGAGCAGCGUCAAAGAUUCCGAAGAGCCUAAGGACCAGCAAGUUGAGAAGGGGACACCCGCACCGCCGCCACCAUCGAAGAGCGACACACAACCUUCUUCUGAAGCUCCCAAAGAGAGCAAAAAGGAUGUGGAGAAGGCGUCAGAGAAGAGCAAGAAGGACAAGGACAGCUCCCCUGCACCAGUGUCUGUACCCGGCAGCCGCAACGAGACACGGAUUAAAAUGUCGCGUAUGCGUCUACGGAUCUCGGAGCGCCUCAAGGAGUCACAAAACGCCGCUGCCUCUCUGACGACUUUCAACGAAAUCGACAUGUCCUCGCUCAUGGAGAUGCGGUCAAAAUACAAGGACAGCAUCCAAAAAGAACACGAUAUCAAGUUCGGGUUCAUGUCCGCCUUCACGAAAGCCUGCACAUUGGCGUUGAAGGAGGUCCCAGCAGCGAACGCCUCCAUCGAGGGCGAUGAAAUCGUGUAUCGCGACUAUGUUGACCUGAGCGUCGCCGUCGCCACGCCAAAGGGUCUGGUCACGCCUGUGUUGAGAAACGCAGAGGGGAUGAGCUUGAUCCAAAUUGAGAAGGAGAUCGCAGCAGUAGGCAAGAAGGCCAGGGACGGUAAGUUGACGCUCGAAGACAUGGCUGGUGGAACCUUCACCAUCUCCAACGGCGGCGUCUUCGGCUCUCUGUAUGGCACACCCAUCAUCAACUUGCCACAAGCUGCUGUCCUUGGCAUGCACGCCAUCAAGGACAAACCGGUCGUAGUGAACGGACAGAUCGUCAUCAGACCCAUCAUGGUUGUAGCCUUGACUUACGACCAUCGACUAUUGGAUGGAAGAGAAGCAGUCACUUUCCUGGUGAAAGUCCGCGACUACAUUGAAGACCCAAGGAAGAUGCUGCUUGCUCCAUAG